AACUAACAGAUAUGAAAUUAUAGUAUACCUUGAUUUGCAAUGGAACUCAUAUUCUAUAUUGAAAGGUGAUGUAACUAAAUGUAGUUUCAAAUAUAUCUUAUGUUAAUCGAUUGGGCUGCUUCCUCAUUUGCAAAUAUCAUGGUUGGACACCUAUAUUGAUUCCUAGCAUAGCUGGUGUGCUCCUGUUCAUACCAGGGGCAAGAUAGCUGAAUUGACACUCGUUUGCCUUGUUUUAAGUAUUUUUACAUACAGGGUUAUGCCCACAGGUCACAGGAAACCAGUGUUUCAAAAGAAAAUCUGAUCGCAUGGCAAGAUAACACAACCAUCCCAAACAAGCGUGUGAGUGCCUGAGGCUUUCUGCUCCUGCCAGGAGUGCAUAGUUUUUUGAUUGGUAAGAACUGCCAGAUGACGCUUCAUGAAUUAUAAACGCAACAAAGACUCAGGAGCUCAAUAAAAACCUUCCACCCAGCAGUCUAGGAGGCUAGAGAAGGAAAGUUAAGCAACGGCAGGAAAUGGCUCUGGGAGUUCCGAUACCAGUCUAUCUUUUGUUCAAUGCAAUGGCAGCAUUGGCUGAAGAGGCAGUCAUGACAACGCCUCCAGUCACAGUCCAGCAAAGCAACCGCACAGUUAACAAAACAGCAGCUGACUACAUAGAAGGACCCAUGGCCUUGAAGUUCUCACGCCCUUGCCUGGAAGACCAUAACAGUUACUGUAUCAAUGGUGUUUGCCUAUUCCACCCAGAGUUGGAGAAAAUCAUCUGCAGGUGUUUCACUGGGUAUACUGGAGAAAGAUGUGAACACUUGACCUUGACUUCAUAUGCUGUGGAUUCUUAUGAAAAAUACAUUGCAAUUGGGAUUGGCGUUGGAUUACUAAUAAGUGGUUUUCUUGCUGUUUUUUACUGCUACGUAAGAAAGAGGUGUCUCCAGUUAAAGUCACCUUACAUCUGUUAUGGAGGAAGACCACUAUGAGACUUCAAUAAGGAACUUCCAUCAAGAGAUCCAGACAAAUCACUGGGCCCCAACCUAGAAUCUUCAAAUGAAACAACAAAAUUUGCCAAGCUGUCAAGAGUUGAAAAUAAUGGAAGUUGGGAUUGAAGUGAAAUGAGAGGAUAAAAUUCAACAUUGGUAUUUAAAUUCUACCCUCUCUAAGGUGCCAUGGAAUCCAAA